GCGCGUGAGGCUCGUUAAUGCUCGUUAUUCAAAAAAGUGGAUCCCCGGCGGCCCAGGCCUCCCAGGUGUGCACGUUUUGAAGGCCGUGUUCACCCACCUAGUAGGUUCAGUUCAGUUCAGUAGCGCUGCACACUGAACCUCAACGGUAUGUCCUCCUCCGGCCGCAAAUGAUGAAGAAGUGGGCGAGUUGACAUCUUAUUCGUGUGCAGCUCGCAAAGGGACGUAGACAAGGCGAGAACGAUCUCUUUUAACAUGGACUCUGACAAAGUCAUUCCAGUGCGUGUGGCUGUGCGAUGCCGGCCGCUCGUCUCCAAAGAAAUUAUAGAGGGCUGUCAAGCUUGUGCUCGGACAUGUCCAAGCAAUCAAAGUAUUGUACUUGGUGGCGACAAAACUUUCUCUUAUGACUAUGUUUUUGGAGAGGAGUCAAGCCAAGUGCAAAUAUAUGACGCAUGUGUGUCUAAGCUGCUGCCUAAAGUAUUUGAAGGCUUCAAUGUUACCAUCCUCGCAUACGGCCAGACCGGAUCUGGCAAGACAUUUACAAUGGGGACGUGCUGCUCAUCAAAUUGUGCCAGUUCCGAAGAUGCUGGCAUCAUCCCGAGGGCAGUCCGAGAUAUUUUUAAGCACAUUUCGACAACACUGACUAAAAUAUUCCUUGUGAGAGCAUCUUUUCUCGAGAUAUACAAAGAAGAUGUGUUUGACCUGUUCUCCAAAAAUCAAGAUCGAGAAUCGCUGCAUAUUCGAGAAGACCAGACGGGCGCCAUAAAGAUUUUCAACUUGACGGAGCUGAAUGUGACCACACCCGAUGAGACAAUCCGUCUUCUGGAGGUCGGCUCUGCGACUCGGAGCACUGCCUCGACCAACAUGAACGCGCGCUCGUCUCGUUCGCACGCGAUCUUCACACUGAUUGUGGAGCAGCAGGAGAAGUCCGGUGGUGGUGCCAUAACGGUGGCAAAAUUUCAUCUGGUUGAUCUCGCUGGCUCGGAAAGGGCUGGAAAGACCAAAGCAGUUGGCGAAAGGCUCAAGGAAGGCAUCAACAUCAAUCGAGGCCUUCUGUCGCUUGGGAACGUCAUCAGUGCCCUCUGCGACGGGAAUUCCCAUGUUCCGUAUCGGAAUUCGAAGCUGACACGUUUGCUCCAGGAUUCCCUGGGAGGCAACAGCCACACUGUGAUGAUUGCCUGCGUUAGCCCAGCGGAUAGCAACUUGGAGGAAACCUUGAACACCCUGCGAUAUGCAGACCGGGCAAGGAAGAUAAAGAACAAGCCUGUCGUGAACGUGGAUCCGGUGCAGGCUGAGGUCGCCCAGCUUCGCCAGCAGCUCCAGGAAGCAAUGAUUGAGCUGAUGAGAUGCCGGACUCUACAAGGUGAAGGAGGAGACCAGCCCGGAGGCGACCAGUCCGGGGGAGAUGGUGGCGAAUCCAAGAAUAACCUGGCACUGGUGCUGUCGCGCAACGCAGAACUCGAGAAUGAAAAUCAGCGUUUGGCCAUGGAGCUUAACCGCACACUUGACCAGUAUAGCGACAGCUCUGAACGUCUCAUCAUGGCUGAGCUUGAGGUCCAGAAACUGAAGGAGCUCGUUACUCAGCUGUCCGAAAAGAUAGACGGCAGUCAACUUGGUGAUGCUGAUGAUCACGCCACCAGCCUCCUGAAGGACCUUCAAAACUCCAUAAUGGAGUUCUCGGCGGGUGAACAAAAGAGGCGCAAGCUGAGUGAGUCGCUUUUCAAGGUCGACAAGUCAACUGCAGCAGACGACAGGGAGCUGACCACCAUCGAGGAGGAAGGUUCAGAUACAUUCCUUGGUGACAGCACUGUGAAGGAUGCUGCCGAACAGACUCAGAAAACGUUAUUGCUCAAUCAGACUAUGCGACGUGCUGCGCUGAGCAAAGAGCUUGAAGAUCUGAACCGAGUGCUGAAAGCAAAGGAGGAACUUGCCAGCAAGAUGUCCAUGAACGACCAGCACCUUGAGGUCGUGAAGCUGCAGUUUGAGGCAAGCAAGCGGGAUCUUGAGCAAGAGGUAGCUGCCCUCAAGAAGGAACGUGACGAACUCGCUGCCAGCCUAUCGAGCCAGCAAAACACUAAAAGCGCGGCUGGGAACAAGGUGGCGGAGCAGCGUCGUAAGCGUAUUCAAGAGCUGGAAGAGAACGUCAAUAAACUGCACAAGACGGUCAAGGAGCAGUCCCGCUUGAUCAAGCUCAAAGAGGAUGCAGAACGGAGUGCCAAGAAGCUGCAGCAGGAGAUUGUGAACAUGAAGCAGGCACGGGUGCAGCUAAUGAAGCGCAUGAAGGAGGAGUCUGAACGCCACCGGAGGCAGCAGACUGAGCGCAUCCGUGAGGUUCGAGCCCUGCGGAUUCGCGAGCAGCAGCAGUCAGCACAAAUGGCACGCAUGGAGCGCCAAAACCAGCUGCGCAUUAAUGUCCUGCAACGGCGUAUGGAGGAAGCCGUGGCGGCCAAGAAUCGCCUCGAGGCUGCUCAGCGCCGCCGCCUCGAGAACCGUGCCAAUGGCAAUGGGUUUGACAGCAUGGCAUCACGCAUCAAAAGCUGGCUGCGGAGCGAGCUUCUUGUUGUAUCCGAGAGCAAGAAGCUAGAGCAACAUCUGACCUCGCUCAUCGAGGAGCGCAAAGCCAUCGCGAUUGAAACCCACGCUGUUGAGAAGCAGCUGAAGAACCCUGACAUGGCUGAAGAUAGGGCUGAAUGCAAUCUGCGUCUGCAAGAUCUCAAGUGCUCACUGCAAAAGCACAGUGAGAAGAUUGCCGAAAUCCAGCAGAAAAUCCUGGAUGUGGAGCCUGAGCGACAUAUAAAGAACCUCGCCUCAAAUGUGACUGACAUCAUCGAGAGCAGGGUCAUCAUAACGAGUCUCUUUGAGAUGCUUGUGUCCGAGAACAUGACUGCGUACACGGCGACCACAAAGCUCAGUGAGCAGGAGCAUGCACUGGACGAGACCCGGAAAGAGAUCGAGCGACUGGAGGCCAUGUUGCAGCGGGCGGAGAGGGACUUCGACAUGAGGCUAACUGACCUCAACAAGCAGCACCAGGAAGAGAAACUCGUCCUGCUCAAGCACUCUGCCAACACAACACUCCAGUCGAACCCAGAUAUGGAUGCUUCUCUCGUGGAGAAACUGCAAAGCCAGGUCCAGGAACUAUCCAGGUUGCAGUAUGUCCACGACGAGCUGAAGAAAAAGACUGAGGAAGUGGAGGCCCUGGAAAUGGCACUCGCAAACGUCAAAGGCAGCCGCGUUGAGUUCUUCGAGGACGUUACGUCUGCCAAAAAGGUCAACAAAAGGAAGCCACUACACACAAAAACGGGCAACAAGCCACGAGCCCUCACUUUUGAAGACCUGGAGACGAGCAUCGAGAGUGAACACUACAGUGAUGUUGAAAACGACCCCGACUGGUGUCUUAGCAGUGAACUGGGCCAGGCCAGCCGCAAGCGGAAGUCACAGGAGGAGGAGAAGCCUAAAACCAUGAAGCGAUCCACUUCAGCGGCUGCCUGCAAGUGCCGAGGACUGUGCCGCGCGGGACGCUGUGGAUGCUCCAGGAAGCAGAGGAGCUGCUCCUCCCUCUGCUCCUGCAAGGGGGAGUGUCCUGUGGCACAGCAUUCUGAGUCCGAUUCGGCCAUUCCAGAGGACACACUGGCUGAAAGCUUGCCACAAACGCAGCUGUCUCUUAGAAGCAGCCAUUAAUGUCACAUAUUGUGUACAAAUGAUAUAUUUAUGUGCUUCUGUAUGAAAAUUUUUGUCAUGAAUUGGCUGACGUAAAUUUGUGUGGCUGCUCUACAUCUUUCUUUUACCACUUCUUUGAACAAACACAGCUGGCACUCUCUCACACCGAACUCACUAUUUUAAUUUUGACCUUUUUGAAUGUCCUCAUUGAUUUAGUCUGUUUUAAUUUCAUAAUUAGUGUCACUUUCUAGUUCAUUCAUCACAUUGUUCUGCAUCUGACAAUUCUUCCCGAUGCUGUGUUUUGUGACAAACAUUUAACAGCCACCAAGACAGCAUGGCAGUGACAUCCAUAACGUAACUUUAAUCAUUAUACGUCGUAGUGAACUGAGGUGCACUAGUUGAAGCCUGCAUAGGAACUGUUGGCACCUUAUUAUGUCGCUUCCAUAAUUCGUUUGGCUGCAUGAAUUAGGUUGGAUGACCUGCAAUUAGUUCCCCAUUUUUCAAAGGAAGGCUGGAGCUGUGACAAGGAAACCAUCUGAUGUUUGUCUUGUGUGCAGUGAAUUGCUUGUACAUGUGUAUGUGUGUGGAGAGCGACCAAUGUGGCAGUUCGAGGUACUGCCUAAGUACGAGUUACACAAACCUGCCAAAAAUAUCUGUGGACUCUUUGUCCUUCUAUUUCUUGAGUGGCAUCAUUGUAGGGCUUCCUUUUAGUGAUUAAUAUGUGGAUGUACAAAUGAAUAAAUGUGUUCAGAAAUGCAAGAGAAUCCCUGACUAAAUGGUGUUGGCAGUCUUGAC